UCACGGUCUUUGCACACCACCCGAUUUUACCCUCGUUUAAUUGCUCUUCAUCGGCCGCUCUUUUCCUGCGCCUCUCGUUAUUCGCUGACUUAACCAUGCAUCUUCCUGCUCUUGUCACCCUCGCCUGCAUGGCAGCCAGUGCCAGUGCGUUCCAAUACCCGGAGUUUGUCCCCUUGCACCGUCGCCAGGACCCCGGUACACCCGAGUAUGACUGCCACGCAAACUGCGGCGGAGUAAUUACAGCCGCUCGCAAAGACGGUUACUGCGACUCUGAUACUUUCAAGACCGAGUUAUCCGACUGCCUCAACUGCGCCGUCAAGUACGAUAUCUGGAAAUAUUACGGCUCGUCCGUUUCCAAGGCAGCUACUGGAUGUGGUCUAGACGCCACCCCAAUCGAAGCGUCCUCCACCACAGCAGCUGCUAGUGUCAGCGCUACUGAGUCCGCAAACUUAGUCACUGUUACCCCCUCUUCUUCUGCCACGGACGACACUCCAACUACUGUUGUAACCUCUAGUUCAUCCGGUGCCGUGCCCAGCUCGAGUGGCGCGGUUAGUUCGACACCCGCGUCAUCUACGGUGGUUUCUUCUGCAACGCCCUCGCAGAACUCGACUGGCGGGGCUUCUCCGACUGUUAGCCUGUUCCCGGGAGCUGCUUCUACUAAUUCCCGCGGUGGAAUGCUCCUUGCUGUGCUAGCUGGAUCUCUCGCUGUGGCCUUUUUGUGACAAGGGCAUCUUGACUAUUUAAUUGGACGUUGUCAGGUGGAGAGCUUAAGUGAUGCAAUGGACGCUGUACACUACUGUAGACAUCCUUAGACAGCUGAAGUUUUCAAGGGGAAGUGUGCGGCGAUAAUAAUCUUUAA